AUGAAUUUCCCAGCCAAAUCGGGUUAUGUAGGAUUAGCAACUCCGGGAGUUCCUGGAUCAUGGCAAAUUGAAGCAAAGGGAUAUCAAUUUUGGACUCAAACUGACUUUAUGGGUUCGUUCACCAUAAAAAAUAUUAGAGCGGGAACUUAUAACUUGUAUGCUUGGGUUCCUGGCAUUUUUGGCGACUAUAUGUACGAAACAAAUAUUGUCGUGUCACCAGGAAAUGUCGUUGAUUUGGGAAUUGUAGUUUUCAAUCCCCCAAGAAAUGGACCAACAAUAUGGGAAAUUGGGAUUCCAGAUCGUACUGCCGCCGAGUUCUAUGUGCCUGAUCCACUUCCAGGACUUACAAAUCCUUUAUACAACAAUCUUCCAGCUGAGAGGUAUCGACAAUAUGGUUUAUGGGAUCGCUACACGGAUUUAUAUCCGAAUGAUGACUUAAUGUUCAAUACUGGAGUGGACGAUUAUCGAAAGAACUGGUUUUAUGCUCAUGUUAACAGGAAACUAAACACCACCACAUACGUACCUACUAGUUGGCAAGUUUCAUUUGACAUGACGGAGGUCAUUCCAAGUGCCACUUACACGUUGCGAUUGGCUAUUGCUUCUGCCACAUUCGCCAAUGUUCAGGUUAGGGUGAAUGAUCCAUUGAAGAUUUUACCUGAUUUCUCCACGGGCCGAAUUGGUCAGGAUAAUGCGAUUGCCAGACACGGACCUCAUGGGUUGUAUUGGGCUUUUAGCUUCAGCAUCCCCGGGAAUAGACUGGCUAAGAUUUCAGGGGAGAAAUUCAGGCUAAGAUUUCAGGGAAGUUUUAAUGAGGAGAUCCCAGUUGGUGUUGCCUGUUCAAAGCUACUUGAUAACCAGUCUUUACUGAAUAAGAGCCAUGUGGUGUAUGAAGCCAGUGAGGAUGAUCGUGUUGAUGAGCUCUGUCAGGAUCUAUAUGAAUGCUAG